AUGUUAGAUAUUUCCAUAGAUUUACACUACAGUUACACUUUCUUACAGAUAAUUGUUCUGGCCGUCGUCAUCGCUGUAGUAGCAGGAGCAGCCGUCCCAUCUGGACAGGACUACUAUACCCCUGGCCAAGCACAGAUUUUACGCUAUGAUGUAGAUAACAUUGGACUCGGAAACUACAAAUACGCUUAUGAACAAACAGAUGGCACAAGACAGGAGCAACAAGGAGCGAUCACAAACGAAGGGCGUGAAGAUGAAGCCAUAGCGGUCUCAGGUUCUUAUUCGUGGGUGGCACCAAAUGGCGUGAGGUAUACUGUGACAUACACCUCUGGUGUCGAUGGUUACAACCCAACGUUGGAGGAAGGUCCCGGUGGAGUUCCAAAUGUCGCUUUGAUUUCAGCUCUCGGUUAA